AUGAGUGAAGAAGCAACAAAGAAACGUAAGAUUCGGGGUGGACAUAGAACCUCAACUAAGAGAACAAUAAAUGCUUCAUCAACAAUUCUUGACGAUUUUGAUCCUUCAAAUAAACAACUUACCGAGAAGUUAUUACAACAAAAGAUUACAUUAAAGGAAAAACUAGACAUUCUGCAAAAUUUAGACAAUGAUAUACUAGCUAUUACUGAGGAGAAAGAUAUUGAAAAGGAGAUUGAAGAAAGUGAUCUUUUAAGAGAGAGAAUACAUGCUACAAUUGUCAGAAUUGAUUCUGUAGUGAGCCCUAUGAGCCUACCUCCAUCACCAAGUCCAGAAGGAACUCAAGAAGAAGGGAAUUCUCAUAAUUCUAGUAUUAUAAGUCAUUCGUCGGCCAAGAUAAAGCUACCAAAAUUGAGUUUAAAGAAGUUUAAGGGAGAUAUUAAGGAGUGGACUCCAUUUUGGGACAGUUAUACUUCAGCUAUUCAUGACAAUCCUGACCUAAGUGAUAUUGAUAAAUUUAACUAUUUGAACUCGCUACUUGAAUCAAAGGCAGCAGAAGCAAUUGCUGGGUUAAAGAUUACAUCAGCAAACUAUCAGGAAGCAGUUGACGUGUUAAACCAGAGAUUUGGCGACAAGCAACAGAUUAUUAAUUCACAUAUGGACAGCCUUCUUCAACUACCUGCAGUAACAAGCCUUCAUGAUGUUCAAAGUAUUAGACAGCUUUACAACAAGGUUGAAUCACAUAUCAGAGGUCUCAAGUCUUUGGGAGUAGAGACUGCGACAUAUGGUAAUCUAAUGAUCUCAAUAUUGAUGCAACGGCUGCCACCGGGUUUACGUAUUAUUGUAACAAAGAAGAUGCAAGAGGAUGAAUGUUCUUUGGAUAAACUUAUGACAAUCUUUCGACAGGAAUUAGAGGCUAGAGAAAGAGCAAAUCUGCAGUGUUUACCUUCAUCAAAGUCCAGUUAUCAACGAAAUAAACCGGGAACAGCUGCUACUCUUUUCACGGGACUGCAUGACACUACCUGUUCUUAUUGUCAAGGAAAGCACUUAUCUGCAAACUGCAAGACAGUGACCAAUGUAGCUGCAAGGAGAGAUAUUCUGAAACGAAGUGGACGGUGUUUUGUAUGUUUAAGGAAAAACCAUAUUAGUAGGGAAUGCCAAUCGAACAUAAAAUGUUUUAAAUGUGGUAGACGACAUCAUGGAAGUCUGUGCAUGGGCGGCCAACCCCGACAACAACACCCUAAUUCUGACCCACCAACCAACCAGCAAGAACCUCGGCAUCCACGUCAGCCCGCAACAGAGACAGAGAAAGGGGACGAAACCGGAAUUGGUGGCAAGAACUUACCAGCACAACCGAACAGAGAAAGAGAUCAACAACAACAACAACAGCAAGCUACUACAAGUCAAACCAUGUAUGUUGGCACAAGAACAUCCAUCUUGUUGCAGACAGCGAAGGUCAACAUAUACAAGCCCGGAAUGCAGGAAAAUAGAGUAAAUGCUCGACUUAUACUGGAUAGUGGGAGCCAACGUUCUUUCGUGACAACCAGAGUGAAGAAUCAAUUAAACCUUGAUGCAGAAGGAACAGAAAACCUCAUGAUUAAGACAUUCGGAGGCGAAGCAGAGGAACUACAAACAUGUGAAUUUUUGCACUUCAACAUUGAGACAGAAUCUACUUAUCCCGAUCUUCCCCUCACAGCAUUUGUAGUACCCACAAUUUGUCAACCCCUCAGACACCAAACAACCCAAACGGCACAGGAAAUUUACCAUCAUCUCGAAGGUCUUAAUCUUGCAGAUCUUAAUACUGGCGAAGAAGAGUUAGAAGUUGAUAUUUUGGUGGGAUCUGAUCAAUAUUGGAAUUUAAUAACUGGAGCAGUUAGACGGGGAGAUUCUGGACCCAACGCAAUGAGAACAAAGGUCGGCUGGGUUCUAUCUGGUCCUGUAACAGAUCCUGUGAGUGAGAAAACCAGUGUUAACUUGGUGAACACGCAUGUUCUGAAGUUUGCAACACAACCAUUGACCCCUGAUGCAACAGAUAUGACACAAGAAUUACGAAGAUUCUGGGAACUAGAAUCAUUAGGUGUUUUCCCCAAUGACGAGUCAGUCUAUGAGAAAUUCACACAAUCAAUCAAGCUGAAAGAUAAACGGUACGAAGUGGAAUUGCCAUGGAAGGAAUCUCAUCCUGUUCUUCCAGACAACUACCAACUGAGCGAAAAACGGUUGAAGCAUCUACUAACACGAUUGAGAAAGGAUCCAGAGAUACUGCAAGAGUAUGACAAUGUCAUAAAGGAGCAACUAAAGGAAGGAAUUGUGGAAGUGGUCGAUGAGCAACACCCUGGAGAAAUUGGUAAAGUCCAUUACCUUCCGCACCACGCAGUAAUACGAAGAGACAAAUCCACAACGAAGAUGAGAAUUGUAUAUGAUGCCUCGGCAAAGGACAAUGGCCCAUCUUUGAACGACUGUCUAUAUACAGGUCCUGCAUUGGCACAGAACAUACUUGAUAUUCUUCUUCGGUUCCGUUGUCACAAAGUCGCUCUUGUUGGGGACAUUGAGAAGGCCUUUCUUAUGCUGCAGAUCCAAGAAUCCGAUCGAGAUGUCCUACGUUUUUUAUGGGUGGACGACAUUAAAAAUCCCAACCCAAAGAUUACAACGCUACGGUUUACGAGAGUGGUAUUUGGAGUGUCCUCAAGUCCUUUCCUCUUGAACGCAACAGUUAAGCACCAUAUGGAACAGUAUCGAAACAUUGACCCAGAAUUUGUUGAAAAAUUCCUUGAAUCCAUUUACGUUGACGAUUUAAACGCAGGUGAUGAAAACGAUGAUGAAGCGUUCCUGCUUUACAAGAAAUCGAAGCUUCGACUCGCAGAAGGAGGAUUUAACUUGAGAAAGUUCUUUUCGAACUCACCUACAUUGAUGAACCAAAUAAAUGAGAAUGAAGUCCAAUUGCUUGCAGACUGCAAUGAUGAACAAGAUACCCUCCAAACCAGUGAAAGUAUUAGUCAAGGUGAAUCGAGAUCAAGCCAAACAUUGAGAAUGGAACAUGACCAGUCAUACACAAGGGAGACAACUGGUAACUUGUCUGAACCAGUCGAGAAAUGCGAACAAAAGAUUUUAGGAGUUAAAUGGAACUAUCAAGAGGACUGUUUUGUGUUUGAUUUGGGACCAAUUGCUCAGGCAGCAAAGGAAUGCGAACCAACGAAGAGGAAUAUCAUCAGUAUCGCAUCGAAAUUCUAUGAUCCUCUUGGAUUUAUCUCACCCAUUAUUGUGCAAAUGAAGCUAUUAUUUCAGUCAUUGUGUGACAGUGGAAUUGAAUGGGAUGCACCCAUAACCGAGGAACUGAAAUCGAAGUGGUUAAAACUUGUUAAUGAUUUGCAAGAAACGAAACCAAUGACACUGCCUAGAUACUAUUUUGUGCACAUUAAGGAGAAGGUAUUAGCUCGCCAACUUCACGGGUUCUGCGAUGCCUCAAUUUCAGCUUAUGCAGCUGUGGUGUACCUUGUAGUUACGACCACAACGCGGAGAUAUGCAACAUUUGUCACAGCGAAGACGAGAGUAGCACCGAGCCAGAAACAAACGAUUCCAAGACUAGAACUCUUAUCUGCAGUUAUCCUUUCACGACUUAUGAAGAAUACCUAUGAAGCACUCAAAUCUGUUCUAGAACUGGAUGAAAAUGUUGUAUGUUGGACAGAUUCGUUGGUCAGCUUAUAUUGGAUAAGAGGCGAAACGAAAGAAUGGAAACAGUUUGUCCAGCUGAGAGUUAAUGAAAUUCGAAGCCUUAUCUGUUCAUCAUCAUGGCGACAUUGCCCCGGCGUAGAUAAUCCAGCAGACAUCCCAACUCGAAGCAUUAAGUGUUCAGAACUCGGACAGUGUGAACUCUGGCGAAAUGGACCCCCAUGGCUGUCAGAAGAAUUGCAACCUAACGACGAAUUGAUAGACGAGCCUUCACCUUCGGAAGAAUGUUUACGAGAGCUUAAGAAGAAGCCACACCAUUCACCAACUGCGCUGUUAACCGAAGCGACAGGUCAAGGUAUAAAGGAAUUAAUGAACAUUGCAACAUUCUCGAAUUACCAUCGGCUUCUAAGAGUUACGGUGUAUGUACUAAGAUUUGUUCGAAAAUUGAAGGCCAACGUGAAGAGAAGAGCUGAUAAAUCCCAAGAAAGGUUGAAGAAUUCUUGGCUUGAAGAGAUAAACGAAGCUGAAACGCUCUGGCUAAAGGAAAUGCAAACAUCACUUCCCGAACAUUUGAAGUAUCAAGAUUGGAGACGGCAGUUUGGAAUAUUUGUCGACGAGAAAGGGAUAACUAGAUGCGGUGGAAGAUUGGAAAAUGCCAAUAUUCACGAGUCAGCGAAGCAUCCUAUCUUGCUCGAUCCACGACAUCAGCUAACACGUCUUAUCGUAAGAUAUUGCCAUGAAAGAGUGAAGCACUGCGGAACGAAGGCAACCUUGACUGAAUUACGGUCGCGGUUUUGGAUAGUUAGAGGCCGACAGUACAUACGAAGCGUCAUCUAUCAAUGCGUCGUCUGCCGAAAACAAGAAGGAGAACCCUACCGUGCGCCACCACCUCCUCCAUUGCCAGAAUGUCGCGUGAAAGAGGACUUUCCGUUCGCUAACACUGGCGUAGAUUUCGCUGGACCGUUAUAUGUAAAGAAUCCUGAUUCGAAGGUAUGGAUCUCAUUGUACACGUGUUGUGUGACUCGAGCGGUACACCUCGACCUGGUGCCUGAUAUGUCAACCGAAGCCUUUCUAAGAAAUUUUCAGAGAUUUUGCGCUAGAAGAGGAGUACCAUCGCUGGUUAUAUCAGACAAUGCAAAAACCUUCAAAUCGGCUUCGCGAAAGCUUACGUCUCUAUUUGAAUGCCCAAGAAUAAUUAACCAUUUCACCUCAUCAAAGAUCAAGUGGUCAUUUAUCCUCGAAAAGGCCCCUUGGUGGGGUGGAUUCUACGAAAGAAUGAUCAAAUCAGUGAAAAGAUGUCUACGUAAAACACUAGGGAACGCGCGACUUACGUAUGAAGAACUCCUUACGGAACUUGUCGAGAUAGAAGCCAUUCUGAAUUCGAGACCACUAACAUACACAUCAACAGAAGAUUGCGAAGAACCCGUUACACCAUCACAUCUCAUGCAUGGUCGAAGACUUCUUUCCUUGCCAACGCAAGACGAAGUGGAAGACAAAGAUUGGGAACCAACGUCAACGGAUAUUGCAAAACGUGAAAGGCACUUGGCUUCUCUACUAGAUCAUUUCUGGAGAAGAUGGAAAACCGAGUAUUUAUUGGAAUUGAGAGAAGCGCAUAGAGACAGAAAAUCGGUACAAUCGAAUAAAGAAUUGAUAAAGAUAAAUGAUAUCGUAAUCGUGCAUGACGAAAACCGUUCUCGAAGUCUUUGGCGACUUGGCAGAGUGAUGCACUUAGUUCGUGGUAAUGAUGGUAAGGUUCGUGGAGCUAAAGUGAAAGUCGCUGAGAGAGGCAAGAAACCAACAACGCUUCGACGUCCUAUACAAAAGCUGUACCCAAUUGAAAUCGGUAAUCAGGACAUAACCCAACAGAAAGUAGACAUGGACUCAACGACAAUCCAACCACAGAAAGAAGAGUCUAUAACUCAGAGACCUCGACGCGCAGCAGCAGUCAAGGCCACAGAGAAACGAAGAGAAUUGAUACGAAACGAACAGUUAUAA